AUGUCAGCUGGACCCAGGGAGCAGGCAGAGCCACUCCCUUGGGGGCGUGACCAGUCAAAAGAUUGGGCACCACCCAGUUUGACUAUCCCGCCCAGUGUUAAGAGGGUGGAUCUCAUGAUGUCGAAGUCCCACCCAGAUGUGACGUAACUUCCUGUCAUUGGGACUAUAAAAUAAACACGCUGCUUUGGGACUUGGUCUUUCUGCCUCUCGCCAAAGAGGACAGAAGCCCACCCAGGCCCAGCUUUUGAUCUAUUUUAUGUCUGUCUUUCAUUAUUUCUCAAUCCCAAUAGCGCCUCCCAGAUUGCAGGAACGGGUUCAAGUCUCCUUCUCCGUGGGGGGCGUGGAGAGAAAACAGCCCCAGCUGGGCGCCGAAGCGUCGGCCUCUCUCCGCGGCUCGCGUCGUGCUCCGGACACUCGCCCCCAGUCCCAGCACCCGAGCACCCAGCCCCCAGCACCCGAGCCCUGCUUUGGGUCGCACUCCUCUUCCGGCAACAGACCCAUGGCCGAGCGUGGGGAACUCGACCUGACCGGCGCCAAGCAGAACACCAGAGUGUGGCUGGUCAAGGUUCCUAAAUAUUUGUCACAGCAGUGGGCUAAAGCCCCUGGAAGAGGUGAAGUCGGGAAACUGCGGAUUGCCAAGAAUCAAGGAAGGACUGGGGUGUCAUUUACUUUGAAUGAGGAUCUUGCAAAUAUUCAUGAUAUUGGUGGAAAACCAGCUUCAGUCAGCGCUCCUAGAGAACACCCAUUUGUCUUGCAAAGUGUUGGAGGACAAACAUUAACAGUAUUUACUGAGAGCUCAUCAGGUAAGCUUUCAUUGGAAGGAAUAGUGGUACAAAGAGCUGAAUGCCGACCUGCUGCAAGUGAAAACUACAUGAGAUUAAAGAGACUGCAAAUAGAAUCUUCUAAACCUGUACGGCUAUCACAACAACUGGACAAAGUUGUGACAACCAAUUACAAACCUGUUGCCAAUCAUCAAUACAAUGUUGAAUAUGAAAGGAAAAAGAAAGAAGAUGGAAAACGAGCUCGAGCUGAUAAACAAUAUGUUUUAGACAUGCUAUUUUCGGCUUUUGAGAAACAUCAGUAUUAUAAUCUUAAGGACUUGGUGGACAUCACAAAACAGCCUGUGGUAUGUAUAUGCUCACAUUGAUCCUUUUAAUGUGUCCUGCUUCAUUAACAGUGAACCACUUAAGAGAGGUGUAUCAUAUGUAAGUUCACAUGCACCGUG